AUCUACCUCGACCCUCACACGUCCCACCGCGUCCACGCUCUCCGACCAGCACCUUGCCUCGCGACGUCAGGCACAACACGUCCGCAGACCCUCGUCUCCAGCUACUUUCCACUGUCUCUUUUCUACCCGAAACGUAUCUGAGCAUUCCGUCGACAAAGCUACUACACACAGCAUCACAAUUGGCGUGAGCUGCACGACAUAGCGCGGUCUGUUGGGCAAAACGCCGGCGCGAACGCCAAUCGGUCGCCAAUCGCCAUGGCGUCUAUACGAAGAGUCGCCUCGUCCACGUCGUCUGAGUACUCGGAAUCACCUCAAAAGCGGGAUGAGCAGCUUAGGCGAUCGUCAUCCUCGAGUUCAACCGUCGAGAGGGAAGCUGCGUCUCCCCGCGACACCAGCACAGAAGGAGCAUCCGAGCCAGCAGGGGCAGCCGAGGAGCCGCUGAUUGGACAGCGGAGCGGCAGUCAGAGCCCAGCUUCUGAUCAUGGCUUCGAUUUCGGCAUCCCGCCAAGGGUAGAGCGCGAAUCCUCGCCGCUGCCCUUUGCGCCCAUCGUCCCUUCGCCGCUCGCAAACUCCAGAUCAGCGAGCGAUGGAAGCUCAGACGGCCACGAGCCGCAGUCAAGCGACGAUACCCACUCGACGAAGCAUCGGCCGCGCACUACGGCAGGCCGUCUUCACUUGCGCAUUCCGCCCCGGCCUCACCUGAGGACACCAAAGGCGAGGAGUACAGCAGACUUGACAAGUCAUGGAGCCCGCUCUCCAGGCACCCCACUCACAUUACAAGACUUGGGAACCGACUAUACUCGCUACUUCAACCCUUUCUCAGAUUCCGCCAGUAGCCAUAGUCGCAGUCGAAGGACCUCCUUAUCAGAACGGCAAUCUUAUGUCAGACUGGCCGCUCGCUCGCGCACGACCACUCCGCCACCUGGUAUACCACCAAUUAACCCGUUCCUCACACCCAACGCCUCCGUGACGGGCCUCAAUGAUAGCGUCAUUGAGCUAUACGAUGACAAGAAGAAUGUGUCUUUCAUCGACGACAGAUUGACGGCGCCGUACGAGGAGAAAGGAAUACUAUCCUGGCCACUGGUUUGCGACUUAGAGGAAGCUGACGAUGAAAUGCACAUGCCUCGCGACGACGACGACAUCAAGUUCAAACCGAGGAUACGCGAUCACUUUACAAGAGACAGCAUCGUUUCCACUAUUGGCCUAGCCUUCAUGAUAUCAGGACUGCUAUUCAUUUUCAUCGGCCUUCCGGUACUCUCUGCGGUAGGCGUCAUCGGCUAUAAUUCAGCCUACGAUAUGCCACUGAGCAUGUUUCCCAAUCCAUGGAGGCCUCAGAUCUGGGCUAUAGUCAACAACAAAAGGUACCCACUCCUGGAGAACAUGCGAACAGGCUUGAUCGACCCCGACACACCUGAGUCUGUCAAGACAAGGGCCGGGGAAUUUGGCGACGACUAUGUGCUUGUCUUCAGCGAUGAGUUCAAUGAUGAUGGCCGCACGUUCUAUGAAGGAGACGAUCCGUACUUCUUUGCGCCCAACGUCUGGUAUGGCGCGACUCAGGACGUUGAAUGGUAUGAUCCAGAUGCUGUCACUACCAAGGAUGGCACGCUUCAGCUGCGCCUGGAAGAAUUCUUCAAUCAUGGUCUCAAGUUCCGAUCCGGUAUGCUGAACAGUUGGAACCAGCUGUGCUUCAAGGGCGGUAUCUUCGAAGUCUCGGUGUCGCUACCAGGUCCAGCCGGUGUGCAGGGACUAUGGCCCGGCGCCUGGACAAUGGGCAAUCUCGGUCGACCGGGCUAUUUGAGUACAACCGACGGGUUAUGGCCCUACACCUACCAAGCUUGCGAUGUUGGCAUUACACCCAAUCAGUCUAGUCCUGACGGCUUGUCUCACCUACCUGGACAGCGACUUAACUCAUGCACCUGCCCAGGCGAAGAUCACCCAUCACCGGGUAGAGGAAGAGGAGCACCGGAAAUCGACAUCAUCGAGGUAGGUGCCACAUCAGGGUACCCGGGUCCAGAUGGUCUGCCAAUAGCUACACAAAGCUUCCAGGUUGCGCCAUUCGACAUCUGGUAUCAUCCAAAUUACAAUUUCACGGCCUUCCCGGACCUUCGUUACAGUGGUUUCAACACCUACGCCGGCGGUGCCUUUCAAGAGGCCAUAUCUGCCACCACGAUACUGAACAGGGAUUGGUUCGACAAUAAACAAUAUCAGCGGUAUUCUUUCGAAUAUGUACCAGGAGAAGGCAAGGACGCAUACAUCUCCUGGAAAGUUGGCGACCAGACCAUGUUCAUCAUGGACGGCCGUGCUGUAGGACCGAACGGCAACAUCCAAGCUCGACAAAUCGCAGAAGAACCCCUGUCACUCAUUCUCAAUCUGGGCAUCAGUAACUCUUGGACCUGGAUCGACUGGAAGAACCUGGUCUUUCCUGCCACCAUGCGAUUCGACUACGUGCGGUGGUAUCAGAAGAAAGGCGAGGAGAUGGUUACGUGCGAUCCCCCGGGCUUCGAGACUACAGAAUACAUCAAGAAGCAUCCGAAAGCUUACCAGAAUCCUAACUUCACAUCAUGGGAUCAAACCGGUUACGACUGGCCGAAGCACAAGCUUAACAGCGAAUGUUGACCCGAGACGCCCUCUCACGACAGCGAGUACGAUCACGAUUAAGAUCACGAUUACGAUUGACGAGUUACCACGAGCGCGCACCCCCUACAAGAUCGCUUCGAGCGUCUCCC